AUGGGUCUACCGUUUUGGCACGAUAGAGAAAAGGAUGCCGGCAUCUCCGUCCGGGAACAUAACACCUCCCAAGAGAGUACUAUUCAAGAUGGUGCCGUCAAAUACACGGCGGCAGAAGGUGUCAAUUCUACCAGUGUGACCUACCAAGAUGCUAGUGGUGCGCCCGUGGAGACGGAUUCGCCGUUGGGAUACUCCGUUAGCUUUUGGACAAGUCUAUGCCUGAAUAUCAAUCAAAUGGUUGGAACUGGUAUCUUUUCAACACCGGCCACUAUCCUUCAGGGCGUUGGCUCCGUUGGCCUUUCCAUGAUAUACUGGUUCAUAGGAUAUCUGCUUGCCCAAAGCACACUUGCGGUGUACCUGGAGCUGGCAUCAUACUUUCCCAGUCGUUCGGGGUCGGAAGUCGUGUACCUUGAGCAGGCAUUCCCAAAACCUGAAUACUUCUUCCCUACAACAUUUGCAGUGAAGCAUGUCAUCUUUUCGUUUGGGAGUAGCAACGCCAUCGUCUUUGCCCAAUACGUCUUUGGAAUUGCAGGUUCAGAGUACACGAAUUGGCAGUUAAAAGGUGUUGCGGUGGCUGCGUAUACUGUUGCGACUUUAGGUUUGUGGACCGAAUACACACAGCACCUGGCUAUUUGGCUGAUAAGAACUGCAGUUGUGAGUUUAAGCAACAAAUGGUCACUGAGAGUCGUUGUCUGGUUUGGGUUCGUCAAGAUUGCAACCCUGGUAUUGAUCUCAAUCGCUGGACUGGUAGUACUCGGCGGGCAUACAAAGGUCGAAGACCCGAUGAUCAACUGGCAUGAUGCCUGGAAAGGGACAUCAUCGGCAAGCGCCUACGGUGCUACUAAUGCCAUGAUCAAACUUAUCUUUUCUUACGCUGGCUAUACUAAUGCUUUCAGUGUGGUUAAUGAGAUCAAGAAUCCUAUCAAAACACUUCGUUGGAGCGCUCCAUUUUCACUGAUUCUCGUCACAUCGCUCUAUAUCCUUGUGAACGUCGCCUACUUCUCUGCUGCCUCAAGGGAGGAAAUACUAAAUUCAAAGCAAAUCGCCGCAGGAAUCUUCUUUCAAAAGGUCUUUGGCAGCAAUGGGGCUUCCCGUGCGCUGAAUGUACUUAUUUGCAUAAGCGCAUUCGGUAAUUUAAUGGCUGUUAUGGUUAGCUAUUCCAGAAUGCUCCGAGAGACUGGAAGGCAAGGUAUACUUCCCUGGCCUAGGUUCUGGACUUCUACGAGGCCGUUUGGAACACCCCUGGGGCCUUAUCUCGUCCAGUUCACCAUAACUGUUAUCAUGAUUCUUGCCCCUCCUGCUGGAGAUGCCUUCAAUUUUGUCGUCGACCUCUCCGUAUACCCUUCGAGCAUUUUCAAUUUCCUUUUAGUGGCCGGACUCCUCUUAAUCCGUUGGCGCCGCAGCAAGCUCAAUCUACCUAGACCCGAGUAUCGAUCAUGGGCAAUUGCGAUCGGGUUUGCACUGCUGGCGAACCUCUACCUGCUUGCUGCCCCGUGGUACCCGCCCACAGGUGGUGCAAACGGUGGAGACGUUAGCUUCUGGUACGGCACAUAUUUGGUAGUCGGUAUUGGACUACUUGCUGCCUGUGGCGUAUACUACUACAUAUGGAUCAAGGCGCUUCCCAAAUACAAAGGAUAUGAGUUUCGACAGACCGUGUUGGAGUUUGACGAUGGGUCUGUUGCGCAUAACCUGGUCAAAGUUCCUAUCGCCGAGCUGGCGCGCUGGGAUGUAGAGCAUGAUGCUGUUGGUCGUCUGCGGCAUCGGACAACAUACCAGAGCAGUACUGAUAUCGAUGAAGAUAAGUCAGACGAACAAAAGAAAAUCUCUCAAAGUACAUGA